GGUGCGCGAGCGUGCGCUUGCGCGGAGUUGAGGCGCGAUGGCAGGUGUCGGGGUCAAGCAGGCGAUGGUGCGGUUUGCGCUGCUGGUGCUCACUGUGUGUGCUGCUGGUGCCCAUGGGCUCUAUUUCCACAUCGGCGAGACUGAGAAGCGUUGCUUCAUCGAGGAAAUACCCGACGAGACCAUGGUCAUCGGCAACUAUCGAACCCAGAUGUGGGACAAGCAGAAGGAGGUCUUCCUGCCCUCGACCCCUGGCCUGGGCAUGCAUGUAGAAGUGAAGGACCCGGACGGCAAGGUGGUACUGUCCCGGCAAUAUGGUUCCGAGGGCCGCUUCACGUUCACGUCGCACACACCCGGUGACCAUCAGAUUUGUCUGCACUCCAACUCCACCAGGAUGGCUCUCUUCGCUGGAGGCAAACUGCGUGUACACCUGGAUAUCCAGGUUGGGGAGCAUGCCAACAACUACCCUGAGAUUGCUGCUAAGGAUAAGUUAACAGAGCUCCAGCUUCGUGCUCGCCAGCUGCUUGAUCAGGUGGAACAGAUCCAGAAGGAGCAGGAUUAUCAGAGGUACCGUGAAGAACGCUUCCGCCUGACAAGUGAGAGCACCAAUCAGAGGGUCCUGUGGUGGUCCAUCGCCCAGACUGUCAUCCUCAUCCUCACUGGAAUCUGGCAGAUGCGGCACCUCAAGAGCUUCUUUGAGGCCAAGAAGCUGGUGUAGGGCUCUUGCCGUAUAACCCUUUCCCUUUACCUCAGUUAGUUGAUCAUUUCCCCACCUAGCCCCACCCACCUGGAUUUUGAGGAGGAGGAAAAGUGAAAAACCAAUGUGUCUCACAUUGGUGUCUUGGCAAUAAGCCGCUGAGAUCAGCUACCUUUUGACCCUGGUUCUCCAAGAAGCAGACAUUGGUCCACGCUUUCAAAAUCCGCCUUAGGGUUUGGGAGAAGUUGGAAUUAACCCAAGAUCAAAUCAUUUCUUUUGCCCCUGGUGAUUCUCCUGUUUUUGAAGAGAUGACCAAAUGCUCUUCUGUUUUCUGGUUGUCUAUUUCUGCAGUAGACAACCGGCAUGUUCCAUGGAGGAGGCCCUGCCUCGGUGUUCCUGGGUCAGUCCUGAGUUCUUUCAAUGGCUUUGUGAAUGUAAAUAAGGGGCAGUUCUUGGCCCUGAAGGAUUGAGAUGUUUUCUAUAUUUUAGAACUAUUUUUGGAUAAAUUAUAUGUAUUUUCCUUC